CUUACAACCAUAUCUUUCAGUGAAAUCUCUCAAAAUGCGUUUCGGAGCUAUCCUAACAUUUUCUGCAAUCGCUGCCAUUGCUUCUACCGUCCAAGCUGAUUAUGCUCCUAAUGUUGCCUCGAGGGAACCUAGCAUUAGCCCGAGAGAACCUGGUGUAGCAAACAAUCCAUAUACAGACGGCUCGGUCGAGGCUGCUAGCGCGAUGAACGUGGUGCGACGAAAUAUACUCAGCCUUACAAAGAGAGAUGAGCCAAAGGAAAACGAAAACGAACAGAAGGAAAACGAACAGAAGGAAAACGAACAGAAGGAAAACGAACCAAAGGAAAACGAACCAAAGGAAAACGAACCAAAGGAAAACGAACCAAAGGAAAUCGAAAAAAACGAAGUCGAUAAUGGCAAGCGCAAGCGCAGCUUGGCCAAGCGAGCAGAACGGGACGAGAACGAACAUGAAGCUGAUGAAAAGGACAACGAGCCAGAAGAAAACGAAAAGGACGAGAACGAUAACGGCAAGCGCAAGCGCAGCUUAGCCAAGCGAGGAGAACGGGACGAGAACGAGCCCGAUGAGAACGAGAAUGAGCCUGAUGAGAACGAAGCUGACGAGAAAUAG